AGCUGAAGAGGAGAGCUGUGAGUGGAGAUCAAACUUCUUGGAUAUGAAACUGCUUUUACUUGAACUGACUGACCUGGAUGUGACGUCUGGACCUCAACUUUUGAUAGUGAUUUCUUCAGCGAUGUCUGUGAUUCUUCUCACCACUUAACUGGACAUUAGGAGCCUCUCCACAGCAACAAGUGCUUCACUGAAGUCAAACUGUCUGACUGAGUGAGUGACUGAGUGAGUGAGUGAGUCGGGGAUUUCCAGAUCUGAGACACAGUGUUGCCCUCUGCGGUCUGUGCAGUCAGCAGCUUCAUGCACAACUUACCCAACAAGUUUUAAAGCCAAAUUAAUCCUGGAAAUGAAACUGCAACAUCCUAGAUUAUUGUGUGCAUGUAAAACCUGCAGCUGACAAUAUUGAGAGACAGUUUACUCUGAUAAAUGAUUAUAUUUAACUGACUAUUUUUAAAUUAAAACCGGAACAAACUCACCCUGAGGACCUCCAAAUAUAAAGUUCAGCCCUGCUCCUCCUGCAGGACUCUGGUUGUUGGUGCUUUACUCACAGUUGCAGGAUUUUGGAAAAAUACAAAGCUGGAUUUACUCUUUGAGACACAAAUACGUCUCAGUAAAAUGAGUAUUUGAUUGUAUGUAGAGACAAGCAGAAAGACCACAAAUAGGAAGAAGAAGACCAACUGCCUACAACUUUUAAUGACAGAGAGAAACUAUCCACCGACCGUCAUCAACCAUCAGCAGAUGGAGAGUAAGGAGGAGCUGAAGUUUGGCGGAGCGGCCAUGUCUCUGCCUGCAGACCUGAGCUGCCUGCAGGGCGGCGGGGGAGCAGAGGCGCUGGCGACGCUGGAGAAACAGCUGAUCUGUCCCAUCUGUCUGGAGCUCUUCAACAAGCCGGUGGUCAUCCUGCCCUGCCAGCACAACCUCUGCAGGAAGUGUGCCAACGAGCUUUAUCAGCCGUCCCUGUUCCAGGCUCGCACCACCAUGAUGGUAAACAGCGGCCGCUUCCGCUGUCCGUCCUGCAGACAUGAGGUGGUGCUGGAUCGCCACGGUGUCUACGGCCUGCAACGAAACCUGCUGGUGGAGAACAUCAUCGACGUCUACAAACAGGAAGUCAGCAACAACAACAACGCCUCGAGCCCCCUCCCUCUUCCUCCUUCUCCUGCUCAGCUCACCUGUUCAAACCACGAGGGGGAGAAGGUGAACAUCUACUGCCUCACCUGUCAGGUUCCUACGUGUUCUCUCUGUAAAGUGUUCGGAGCUCAUCAGACCUGUCAGGUGGCUCCUCUGACAGACGUCCACCAGCAGAAGAAGGAUGAGCUGAGUGAAGGCAUCAGUUCUCUGGUGGCGUUCAACGACAAAGUCCAGGCUCUGAUCGAUGGCCUCGAGGAGACGUGCAGAACCAUAGAGGAGAACUGCAAAACUCAGAAACAAAGUGUGUGUGAGACGUUUGACCGAGUGUUUUCCAUCCUGGAGGAGAGACAGAAGGCGAUGACACAGCGAAUCAGCUCAGAGGAGGAAGAGAAGACAGGCCACGCCCAGACGUUGGUGCGUUGCUAUGGAGAGAGCGUGGAGGCCAACAACAAGCUGGUGGAGAGAGCAACGAGCAGCAUGGAGGAGCCGGACAUGGCUGCUUUCGUUCAGAAUUCAAGAGAGCUGAUCAAAAAGGUGAUAACAGCGACCGGCUCGUGUCCAGCUGCGACACUGAAACCAGGUUAUGAGAGUUUGAGCCACUACAGAUUUAACUUCAGCCGACAGGAGAGAGCUCUGAGGAGCAUCGACUUCCCCAAAGUUGUGGAAGACGUUCCUGAAGAACCGGAGGUGGAACAAGAGCCAGAAGAACCCAAAGAGCCAUCAGUGGAGAACAUAGACCCAAAACACCAUCAGGAAACCUCCACCCAGAACCUUGAAUCUGUUUCAGAACCAGUCAAAGAGCCAAUCCCAGUGCUGGUAUCCUCACCAGUGGAACCGGCUGCAGUAACACCAGCUCCAGGUGUGGUGAGGGACUCUGUGGAACCAGCAGGGGCGGUUCUCCUGCCAGAGACUGAGGACCUGGACUUAGAUGACAGAGGAUCAAGUGUGAUGAAGAACAAAACAGAGAAGGAGGAGGAGGAGGAGGAGGAGGAGGAGGAGGCAGAGGAGGAAGAGGAGGUGGAGGAGGAGAGAUGUGCAGCUCCUGUUCCUGUUAAAGAGGGAAACAUCUGUGAGGAGCAGGAGGGGAUGAGCACGCAGCAGGCUGUCACUCUGCUCUUCUACCUGUUGGCCUUCCUGGUCAUCCUGCAGAGGGUGUGGGCUUACAUCGGCUGCUUCAUUUGCACAUAAUACCAACAGGAGACACCUCCACCCUCACUGCUGCACAGCUCAGACGGAGACUGAGACGAGUCCUGCUCAGACCAGUCCUCCCCUCUCCUCCUCCAUCCCUUCCUCCACUUUCACCCUCAGCGAGGCUCCUCGUCGGCCCAGUUUCAGCUUCUCUUGGCUGAACCCCCUCCACAAGAAGAAGUAGAGGAAGGAGAGAAGUGUUUGGAGGUGUUGUCUUGUUGAGGAGAUAAAGAGAGAAAGAUGCACUCCAGAGUCAGUUUAAUCAGCUCAGUGCUGCCCUGAGACUGGAAACACUUGAUCUUUGAUAAAACUUCAGUUGCAGUCAUUUUAUCAACGGUCUGUUUUGUUCCUAAUAUUAAUUCAGUUUGAAAUUUUUUAAAAAAAGCACUUGUGUGAUCUGCUCUGGAUCUGUGUGUGUCUGAAGGGAAAAACUUUGACCUGUUGGGCUCUUAUUUUGAAAACUUGAGAAUGACUUAAGAAGUUUAUUUCAUUUUAUUUUAUGGAAGCUGUUGCCUUUCACAACAAAGGUCUUCACAGCUUUCAAGUUUGUGCUUUUAAUAAGUAGCAGAGGAGAAGUCAUACUGUAGUGUGGAGGUAGUAGUGUAUGUAAAAGUAGCAGAAGUCAUUAUUGCAGUAGUUGUAGUAGAGGUGAAAGAAGUAGUCAGUGGAAUGUAACGAAGUACAUUUACUCAAGUACUGUACUUAGGAACAAUUUUGACAUACCAUAAUACUUAAAUUAAUAGCUCACACUAUUAUUUGCCUAAAUCACUGCAGUGAACAGGCCUAUAUUUAGGACAGGCCUUUAAUUCCUUUACAUAAAACUGUUGCUCAGCAAAGAUGGGAAAUAUGAUCGAACUUAUUUUGACACUUGUUUCAUGGCAGCUUUAUUACAGCUUCAGAGGUAGAGUCAGCCCUUAUUUUUUCAUCAUGCCUGUAAAUCUGAAUGACUUAUGGUCUUGUCUGGCGCUCCUGGUUUUGAUCAAAUGAAAUGACUGAGCUAACAAUGUGUAGCAUAUCCAUACUGAUAAAAGUUUAAACAUUCAUUUUUGUAUGUGCGAUCUUAACAGCUAACUAAUGUUAGCUCAAGUGAGCAGUCAACAAUCCGGGUAUAUAUUUAUAUCCAGAGAACUUCUACAAGAAUGACUGCUUAGCAACCAGACCAGGCCUCUAAUUGAGACAGGCCUUUAUUUGUCAAACUGUGUAGCUACACAAGGCUAGUAAAAGGGACUGGAUGUUUACUGAAAUUUUAUGGUACUUCUACUUGAAUGGUUUUUAUUUCGUACAUACUUAUACUUCAGUACAAUUCAGAGGCAAAUACUGUACUUUUUACUGCAUUAUCUGACAGCUUACUAUUUACAUAUAAAACAUAUGCUUAUAUGAUACGAUGCAGUACUUUCAGUACUUUAAUCUACCCUGUAAAAGACAAAGUAUCUAACAUUGGCUCCACACUGAUGAACUACAGCAUUAAAAUACUCUUAUGUGUAGUUGUCAGUGAUAAAACAGAUAAUUACAAUAAGCUCUGCAGCAUGAAUACUUUUACUUUUGAUAUUUUAAGUACAAUUUGAUGACAGGUACUUUUAUUUCGUAACAUUUUGAAUUUGGGACUUUUACUUGUAAUGGAGUAUUUUUAGACUGUGGUUUUUACUGUUUUAGAAUCUAAGUACUUCAUCCACCACUGCUACUAGUAGUAGUUGUAGUGAUAAGGAAAAAUGCCCUUUAAUAAAUGAAGUAGCACUAGUAUUUGUUUAGUUAGUUGCAGUGUUAGUAAAAGUACAGGUUUUUGUAGUUUUCACAAAACUUGUAGUCGAAGUAGCAGCGACUGCAGAAGUAGUAUUAAUUGUAAUGAUGGUACUGUGUUGACUGUAUGCCUGUAACUGUUGGUACAGAUGCAGGAUAUGAACAAAAAUUAUGUUGCUGUAAUUAUCACAGUAUUUUUAGUGUUUCAUUGAAACUAAAUCAUUCAGACAUUUUUGCUCUUAAACGUUUAACAUCUUGUGCUGUGGUCAAAUUUCACUUAAAAGUUAUACAUAACUCAUGUAGGCAUAAAAACUAGGGAUGUGCAAUAUUGGAUUUUUUUGCCGAUAUCCAAUAUGCUGAUAUAUAACAACUUAUUUGGCCGAUAACUGAUACAGAUAUCAAUUUAUUAUCCAGGUUUUCCCCACCUAAUUUCAGUGAUCAUCAAGUCUCCUCUGCAGUGGAAUGAACAUCAUAUUAUUCAUGCAUACUCUUAUCAUGACGGCCCACCAGCAGAUGGAGACUUGAAAUACAAUACUUUUCAAUGUAUGUAAAUUUCAUCACUGUACAAAAUAAGAAAAAGCAUGUUGGUUGAUUCUGAUAGUUCAUUGUAAAGCCAAUAUUGAUCGAUAACGAUGAUGUACUGAUAUUAUCGUGUAUCCCUAAUAAAAACUAAAUCAAUAUAAAUUUGAAGUUGAUCAAAAAUAGUCCCUAAUGUAACAGAGGAAUCAGCAGGAUGAAGCAGAGAAGCAGUAUUUACAGUAGAAGAAGUACAUGUGUUUUGUUAAUACAAGUUUUAAAAGUCUUCUAGAAGACCCAGACACCGAGUUUGAGACAUUUUGAACGGUGAUUUUGGAUGGCACAUGUGGUUCAGAGUGCUUUGGUUUGGUAUGGAUAAUGAUAAUGUUCAGUUUCUUUCUUUUUCUUUAUUUUUUUUUGUUCUAGGCAAUCUUUCUUUUGCAGCUUUCAUGUGUAUUUGUGAGUGAGUGUCUGGACUCUUUUUGAUUGUUUGGUGUUGUGUAGGCUGGUGUCUGUUUAUAAUGCAGUGGAUCAGAUAAGAUAAUGGUUUUGUUUGAUACAUGUAUUGAUUAAAUAAAUCUGA